AUGUUUAAUAAUAUUAAGAGAAACUUGACUAUCUUUAACAAAGACAUCGUGGAAACAUCUUGGCUGAAAAGCCUGAUUGAUGAUGUUCCUAAGGCGAAACACAUUUAAAUACUUCAUAAAUGUCUCUCAGGAGAAUACACUAAUGUUGAUCCCAAGGCAGCACUUCGAAAGAUUUCACAAAGAUUGCAACAUUCUCAAAAACCAUUAAAUGCCCUCAAAUCUCUAUAUUUGGCACACCUAUUAAACAAGUUUUUGAUAACUUAAUUGACAGAUAAAAUAAUUGACCAAUAGUCCAAAGAUCCAGCUGAGGUCCUUAUGGCUUCAGUUGCACAUUUAUAUUAUUCUUACCUUAAAUAAUAAAAAAAUGCUUUUGACAAGAUCGACAGCAUUUUUAAAAUGAAUAGAUAACUUGAAGUUUUAAUGAUAAAAACCAAUAUUCCGAUAUUAAAAGAAAUAAUCACUCUCCUUAUAAUUGACAUAAUAACAAUAUAUGAAUCUAUUGACAUUAAGGAAGACUAUGAAAAGAGAAUUAGAGCAAUGAAGCAAGUUAGAAGAUUUGUUGAUUUAAAAGGAUAUUUAUAAAUGAAUUAAGAAUUAUAAAAUAAACUGAAAACCCUUAAUUUCUCAGAUAUCAAGCAACAAAAAUGCAUUGAAAGUAAAAUUUGUAAGACUAUUCCAAUCUCAUAAGAAAAUGAAACUCAUCAAUUAGAAAUCAGUAGAAAACAACUCUCAAUCUAAGUCAAUGAAAGUACAUAAUUUGAAACUUAUAAUUCAUGCCAAGUCUAUCCAUAGGAAAGAAAAAUGAGUCUAUAAACUGGAACAAUCAUUAACCAAAAAGGGAUUGUUUAAUCAAAUACAACCAGAGCUUCAUCUAUUAGAGAUAAUUUCUUUGUCCCUAAAUAAGGACCAUUAUCUUUUUUGAUUCCAAGCUGA